CGAACUUUCGCUGGACCGCUGUACCGCUGUACCUUCCACCACCCCUGUACCCUUGUCGCCCCGUACCCUUGUACCCUUCCUUGUACCUCGCUGUUCUGACUGACAGCAUCAUUAUUACCAGCCCGGAAAUCCAUUACAUAUCACAUAAUCUCCAUCUCCAUCCAACGCCUUUGCACCACCUUGAGUCUCGCACCUCGCAGUCUGUUCACUCACCAUUAUUAAUCCCACGUCAAGCCACCCCCAUCCGUCCACAUCUCACACUGCUUCUCUCUCUAACACAUCCCACUCGACCUCGAAACAAACCAAUCCAUUGCCACAUAUCAUCACCACAUCAUACAUCAUACACACAGUGUUGUCCCUUGUGAAGCUCCGUCUUUGAGGCACACUUGGUUCGACUGGCCCGACUUACACGGGUCGCCCACACUAGCUCCACGUCGCCUCACAUCUCAUAUCAUCUCCGCCCACAGUGGCCCUCCGUGACACCGCACGCAAAAAUGGAACACAGUCUACCCAGUCCUCCCCUGGAUGGACAACACAAACCACACCAGACAACGGCGAAGAGGCAUAGUCCCGGCGCGAAGUCCACCAAGCCCGCGCACCGUGUCACCAAGCGUUCAAGCACAAACAUGUCCCACUCACACAUCCACUCGCCAAUGCCGUCAGACAGCCAGUCCACACACUCAAUGGCUGAUGCGAGGCACAAGAGGGUAUGGAAGGCAUGUGAGAGGUGUAGAAUGAAGAAGACAAAGUGUGAUGGUGAAUUCCCAUGCAAGAGAUGCAAGGACGACGGUCUUGUGUGCACAGCGGGCACGAGAAAGAAGACGGAAUUCAAGCAGUUGCCUCGAGGAUAUGCCGAGGUUCUUGAGAACACUCAGUUUGCCCUCAUCGCCACCGUGCACAAGCUGUACUCGAUGGUCCGCAACGGCCAGCAAUGGGACCUCGGCGAGCCUGACCUCAACGACCGCGGCCAGCCCGUAAUCCACAACAUCGCCCAGAAGCUUGGCUGCAUACGACCCAACAGCGAUAUCGACCUCCCCGUCCACUCCGUCUUCCCAGAGGAUGAGCAAGGCCUGUCGGAACUCGCACGCCAGCUCGAGGAGCAACAGCAGCAUGAGAAGGCGGGGCUCGGCGCCGAGCACGACGCGAGGACGGACCGCGCGAGCUCCUCGGACCUGGACCACUCCGACUUUGAGGACUACCGCAAGGCAGCAUUCGGCGGUGGCCGCCAGGCAAGCAGCACCAUGACCCUGUCGCCGGCGAGCCUGACGUACGACUCGUUCGACGGCUACUCAGCACCAUCCACAGACAGCCUCCCGAGCACGUCACCGGCGCAGCACGUGCCUGCCUCCUUCGCGCCCUGGAUGCGGGCGCCAUCGAUGGGAUAUGAACAGCAGUUUAUACAGACAACAGGGGCAUUCGCAGGCAUGGACAUGCUGAACCAGGGGCUUCUCGAGUCGGAAUUUGGUACCAUCAAGCCACAUGUCCUGUCAUGUCCCAAUCCGGAAGUAAUGCUGGGUAUCGGUGACCCAAUGAUCUACUCUGGGUUUGACCCAGAAGGUAUGCGACUAUGAGAAAGGGCCGGCGGCGACGGCGGGGACCGGACACGAUUUCCACGUUACGAUACCGAGGAUAGUGGCUGGGCUGGGCUGGGCUGGGCUGGGCAACACGAUGACCGGGACGGGCAGGCGGCACUUUGGGCUAUGACGGGGACGCAUGUCUAUCAAUCAACUUGGACAUAGUAGGAGUCACAAGAGCCGGAUGAUGGUGUCUCUCCCUAACUCACGGGCUUUAUGGCAAGGCGUUCACUCUAGGGCAGGGUAUUUGGGUUUUGUUCCCCUACCAGAAAAACGACAAGCAAGACGCUUGUUGGAUUGGAUGUAUGCUAAUGGUAUGGGGAGCCGAUGUUUUCACUUUUUUUUCCUCCAUUUUUGUUCUACCUGGUCAAGGGUGUAUUGAUUGUACGAUGUGUCAACUUCUCAACUCUUCUGAGGAAGGAGAGGGCAAAAAACCUUCACCGGUGCGCGCUCGUCGAAGCACGUCUGCUCGAGAGAAUGAAGUUAAUGAUUCCCCCCCAAAAAAAAGAAGGAACCAAAGUCCCCACCGAAAC